AUGUAUCGUGGAAUUAAAGUCUUAGUGAUAUUAUCGUUAAUUUGUAUGUCUGUUAAUGCAGUACCACCGGACUAUGAUGAAGCAACUUGUAUAGGGAUUGAGGAUGGAAUCUUACGUCAAAUUACUGGUUAUUGUACAUACUACUACUUUUGCGAAGCAGAAAUCGGAUAUUUGGAGGAUUGCAAGGCAUAUGGAGAUUUCCAAUUUGAUGCAACUACUGGAACUUGUGAACCUCCAGAGUAUGUGAAUUGUGUUGAAGAACCUGAAUAUCCAGAGUAUCCAGAAUAUCCAGAUCCUGAAACUCAAGCUCCCGUUCAACCAACCCUACCACCCGCAGUUCAAACAACAGCAAUAGCCAUAACAACGCCAUUAGAUUCAAAUGGUAUAACGGAUGUAGUAUGUCCAACAAAUAGACCAGGUGAAAUUUUAUUCUUUGAAAGUUUAAACUGCACUGAAUAUUACAUCUGUGCCAAUGGAGUUAAAUUAACUAUGAAAUGUAUUGACGGAUUUGUAUUUAAUCCGGAUGAUAAGCAGUGCGACCAUCCAGUUUACAAUCCAAGAUGCUCGAACUUGUCAUUCGAUCCUAACCGAAACGUAAAAUGUAACAGACAUGGUUUCUAUACAGCACCAUAUCCUUUAGAUUGUACAAAGUAUGUUUUCUGUGCUGAGGGAAUUCCUAUAAUUCAACAAUGUCCUAUUGGAACCGGAUGGCAUAUUGACAGAUGCAUCGCAAAAAAACAUACGUUAUGUGCAGACCCGGCAAAAGUUAGAUACUAA